AUGAAAGCCCUGACUUUAACACCAAAGAAGCAUUCAGUUGCUGUACAAGAUAUCCCGACUCCGGAACCAGGGCCAAGAGAGAUUCUUGUCCGCGUCAGAGCAGUUGCGCUCAAUCAUGUGGACGCGCUCUAUACCUACAAGCCAAUUGCGGCCCAAGAGUACCGCGUAAUCGGCAGCGACUUCGCUGGGGAGGUCGCCACUUGUUCGGUCAACUACCGCCCAGGAGCUUUUGCCGAGUACGUCGUCAUUGACUAUGACCUCACAUGGAAUAUUCCCAUCGGGGUGUUGUUCCAAGAAGCUGCUACUAUCAGUUUGUGUGGACUUACAGCCGCGCAGGGUGUCUUCAGCCGACUCGAGCUCCCGGGGCCAUUCACCCAAUCCCGAAAUUUCGACCACCUCAGACUCGCCAACGAAGGGCCCGUGAACGUCUUCAUAUACGGCGCAACAACCUCAUUAGGUCUCUUCGCCGCACAACUUGUGCGUCUGGCUGAGAAGACUUCUGGCACGAGAAUUCGUCUCAUCGGUGCCGCCAGCAGUGCAAAGCACGACAUGCUGCGCCAAGCCCCUUAUUUGUACGACGAGCUAGUUGACUACAGAGACGCUGACUGGCAAGAAUCGGUACGCAAAGUCUGCGGCAUAAGUGGCGGAGUCCAUUACGGCAUAGACGCGGUCUCGCAGUCUCCGUCCGUCGAACGUGUGCAUGAUACGUUGGUCAACGAGGGAAAGCUGGCGGUGUUCCGAGCACCGGCCCUCGCAGGGUUUGAUCCAUCGAAGCUCAGUAUCAAGCCGGUGACAGGUGCAGUCUGGGAGGGUCUUGGCGUAGAGAUCCAGUACCAAGGCAUCGCAUUCCCAGCCAACCUCGAAGCCCGUGAGUUUGCAACACAGUUCUAUAACUAUCUCGGAUCGGAAGCGUCGUUGGGAAAGGUCAAGUUGCAGGCAAACCCGGUUCGCAUGAUGCGAGGAGGACUAGAGAACAUCGCAUCGGAAGGCAUCCCGCUCUUUGGUCCGAAGCAAGUCAAUGAGCCGCCGAAGGAUCACAUGCGUCCUGUUAGUGGAGAGAAGGUUGUCUAUACCGUUUCUUAG